UACGUCCUUAGUCGCAGCGAGAUGCUCCUUGGGGUGUGAUCGAACCAAACCGAACGGUAGCGCUCCGAGACGUGGCAAAAGUGUGAGAGAAAGGAGAGAGAGAGAGAGAUAGUGGCGAUCAUAUUCGAUAACCCUAACCUAACCGGACGUCCGGCCAAGUGACAAACGGUGACAACGCAGAGAGGCACAUCUCGAAGUGAAUUGUGAAGUGCAGAUCGUGUGCAGAGUGACAGACGAAUCGUCGCGAUUCGACAGACAAACGGACGUUCCCGGGCGAAGGUUGGUCACGUGGUUGGUGGUUCCCGAGCGUUCGAGUUCGAAACCAAUCGACACGACACGACACGACACACAAAAUGGCCGUUUCGGGUGUAGCGAAGGGUGCGAACGGUGCGGUUAGUGAACCGUCAGCUUCUUCCACUGCCACUUCGCCAUCGGUCGUGACCGGCGGUAGUGUAGUGGCGGUGGCAUCUUCAAGUGUCACCGAGACGACUACGACAUCGUCGUCGAUGUCGGCCGGAACAGUGACCGGAGCAAUCACCGGUGAACAGCAGCAGCAGCAGAUGUCGUCGUCGUCGGCAUCGACAUCGUCGUCCGCGGUUAACGAUCCGAGCAAGAUGGAGACGGGCCACGACGGGCCAAAGGAAGCGGAACAGAGUGGCGGCAGCACGGAGCUGGUACCGGUUGGUGGCAGCACCUUACACCAACAGCAACAUGCGACGGAAGUGACCGACAUGAUCGUUACAUCCGAGCUACAUACCGUCAACACCACCACCACCACCACCGCCAUCGCCACCACCUCCAUCAGUACCGCAAGCGAACGGACAUCACCUGGCCAGCAGCAACAACAGCAGCAGCAGCAACAACAGCAACAGCAACAGCAGACGGCCGUCAUCAUCAACCAGCAUAAACAGCGCAUGAUUACGACGACGGGCCAGAUCAGAGAGAUCGGUGAGGGUCAGGAACCACCGAACGAAUCAUCGGAGUAUGAUCCGGUCGAACCGUACCAUCAGGCUGCGGGUGUGGAACAUGCCCAGCACGCGUACAGCUACGAAUCGGUCAAUCAGCAGCAGCAACAGCAACAGCAACAGCAACAGCAGGAGCAACAAGGUGCGGGUACGGUGGUCAGCGCCACGAGCCAGGCCACCUCCUCGGUCCUGCCGGCGCACGUCCAUCUGGUGAAGCGUGAAGCGCUGGUAAGCGAGAAGGAAGCGGAAGGGUUGGUGGUGGCGCCAAGUGCGAGUAGCAACGGGACCGGACCGGCGGAACCAUCACCGACCGUGAUCCCGCUCCACCAGACGCAAACCAUCUACCUGGAGUACAAGAACGAGGGCACCGAGGAAGCGGUCCGGUACGUGAACCGCUACGAGGACGUCAAGUAUCAUCCGCAUCCGCGCUACAUCUACCAGCAACCGCAUCCGACCGGCCUGGCCGGACUGCCGGCAGCCCUGCACGCUUCGGCCGGCCAUCCGCAUGUGGCCGGGCAUCAUUCGGUUGCAGCAUCAGCAGCACCACCACCUCCCACUUCCCACCAUCCUCCCGUGGGUGGCCAUCAUGGUGGUGGUGGUGGUGGUGGUGGCCAUUCGGCGCAUCUCGCACACGCACACCACCAUGGCCAUGCGAGCAUGGGACCACCGGGGCAUCCGGCGCACCAUCAGCACCCUCAUCAUCAUCAUCAUCAUCAGCUGCAGCAAGGCCACCAUGGCCAGUCUCAGGCCGGCCAACAGACGGUACAACAAUCGAUCGAGGUGAUUCCGCAGCAUUCGUCGGCGGCGGUGGCAACACAAUCCGGUGCGACGACGAUUCAGGUGCAAUCGCAGGGACCACACCAGACGAUCCAGGUGUACGAAACGCACGACGGAGAGCACGUCCAGCACGUCACGGAAGGGACGUCGAUCGAUGCGAAGGCUUCCCACUACACCAACCUGGAACCGGUGCUGUCCUCGCCCCAGAACUACUACAUUACGUCCGAUGGGUAUACGGCGGCGGCGGCAGCCGCAGCGGCCGCAGCCGCCACCGGGAACUAUACGACCUUUCUGCCGCAGAAGGAAGCCAUCUACUAUCAUCCGGCCAGCCCGAACACGGUACUGUACAAGAGCGAUCCGACGCUGACGUCAUCGUCGAUCGUGACGAAGCAGAUCCACUAUACGACGCCGAUCGGAGCAGGUCAGAACAUUUACGAUGGUACCGGGACGCACAGCAGCGGCUCACCGUCCGGGACGCAGCAGAUCUACUCCGGUUACUGGAACACCGGUACCGGUGUCGAUUACAAUCCGAACUCGACCAGUAUGAUCGUGAUGGACAAUGCGGGCGGUAAUUUCGGCGAGUACGUCAGCAAUGGGCAACACUGGCAGCUCAAUUCGCCGAACGAUGCGUACGAGACGCAGCUGGCACCGCCGGCCGAACACCGGGAGUGCGUCAACUGUGGUAGCUCCGAUACGCCGCUCUGGCGGCGCGAUGUCGUUGGCCACACGCUCUGCAAUGCCUGUGCGCUUUACACGCGGCAGAACCCCGGCACUAACCGGCCACCGACACGCUCGCACAAAGCCAAACAGACGGUGCAAAAGGCACCACCGGCCCAGGGUAAUCGACGAUCCGGGGUAACGUGCGCCAACUGCAACACGACGACAACGACACUGUGGCGCCGGAACAACCAGGGCGAUCCGGUGUGCAACGCCUGCGGACUCUACUUCAAGCUGCACAACGUCAAUCGUCCGCUCACGAUGAAGAAGGAUGGUAUUCAGACGCGAAAGCGUAAACCAAAGUCUAGUCAGCCGAUGCCACAACAGAUGAACGGACUCAACACAGCUAAACUGCUUCCCUCGAUGAUAACGCCUCAGUAUCAUACGCUCACGACUGAGCCGAAGCUCGGAACGGCGGCACAUUUGGGUCCCCCGCAACCGAUGGAGCUCAAUAGCUCCCCUAGCCAUGAUCCACGGUACGUGACGAGUGGUUCACCCGGUGGCAAUGGUGCCGGUAGUGGCAACGGAGGCAGCGGUAACCUAUCGCCCCAUCUGGUCAACCAAGUCCCAGUAAGCGGUGGACUACGUCACAUAGCAACUUCCCAAGUGCCAUCGAUGGAUGCCGCCCGAGGAGCGAAUGGAGAGAUUACCAGUGUCAUCACGAGUACCGCCAUGGCCGAGCGUUCCAGUAAUUAGUCAAAUACCUCCCCCCCCCCAAAAUAGGACCAAAUGUGUGUAUGUGUAUGAGUGUGCGUGUGUUUUAAUGUGCCAAUACGAGAGGCAGGAGGAAGCGAGUGAAGUGACCUGUUCGCUUCACGUGUUUGUACCAAAUAUGUCCAGACAAAAGAGUAGUUCUAUAAGCAAAGCUGGCCGUGGAAGGAGAAUCGGGGUCCAGAAUCGGAUUUGUUAGCGAAUGGCGAGUGCGGGGG